AUGUCGCCCCCGUCGUUGGACAACCUUCCAGCUGUUAUGGCAGCUGUUGAGGCCACCCUCACCACAACCAUCUCGCAGCAGUUUGCGGAACUUCGCUCGAUUAUUGCGAAUCUCGCUCAAUCUACCACUACCAAGUAUGAAGCCCUCGAGCAGAGGGUUGAAGCACUAGAACGUCAUUCAACCUCAGUGACCACGAUGCUAGAGCCGCUAAGUACCACACCGGCCAAGCCAACUGUGGUGAUGAUGACUUGA